UGUACCUGUCAGCCGCCGCCGGAGCGGUAUAUAAGGGCCAGCCCGCUCCAGGAAUCGACACUCUCACCCAAACAGCACAGCACAGCGCAGCUCCCAGCCAACGCCAACCAACCAACCAACCAACCAUGAAGGCUGUUGUCGCUAUCCUGCUCGCCGCCGCCGUGUGCGCCCAGGCCGUGGAGAACAAGGAGGCCACACCUGAGAAGAAGCAGGAGAAGAGAGGCCUGCUGGGUCUGGGAUACGGUGCUGCGGUCGCCGCACCCGCUGCUGUGAGCUACGCCGCUCCCGCCGUCAGCUACGCGGCCGCCCCCGCUGUCAGCUACGCUGCCGCCCCUGCCGUCAGCUACGCCGCCCCCGCAGUUAGCUACGCCGCUCCCGCCAUCGCCGCUGCCCCAGCCAUCAGCUACGCCGCCCCCGCGAUCGCUGCCGCCCCCGCCGUGAGCUACGCCGCCCCCGCCAUCGCCGCGGCCCCGGCCAUCAGCUACGCUGCCCCCGCCAUUGCUGCUGCCCCCGCGGUCCGUUAUGCCGCCCCCGCUCUGCGCUACGCCGCCCCCGCCGUCGCUAGGGUCGCUGCCGCCCCUGCCUACUCCUACGCCGCUCCGGCCUACUCUUACGCUGCCCCUGCUCUCAGCUACGCCAGGUACGCCGCCCCCGCUGUGAGCUACGCCGCCCCCGCUCUGUCCUACGCCGCCCCCGCCAUCGCCAAGUACGCUCUCCACUAAGCGACAUCGCCAUCUCAGCGUCUGCAUCACAGGCUGACGAUCCGUUCCGGUGGUAUCACGGACAACGAUCACCAUCUUCAGUUCACCACAAGUUUAUCGCCAAGCACAAACACCUGACAAGCUCUGAGAUUACAGCGCAGAGAGCCAAUGAACAUUAAUAAAGAAACAUCCUAUUUAUUUUCGACUCAAGUCUCUCAUCGCCGGCAAACGCCUGAAAAACUUCAAGCCUGUAGUGCAGACGCAAAUGUAAAUUACUAAAUAAAGAUUCUAUUUAUUCAAA